AUGCAAAAAUUAUUCAGAUUGGUCAGGUUUAAACAAAGUUAUGCCCAAAAUUUUGCCCUCGGAACUGGGCAUCUCCUACCUAUUACAAGUCUUUCCGGAAUCACUUUUAAAUAUUUUCCGGAAACUUUAAACAAAUAUUUUCUAUUCCAACAGAUCACCUCAUUCGCCAGAGACGCCGGCACUUAUCUAUCAGAUCCGGAUUAUAUUCCUAAUGAAGUUGAAAAAAUAAUAAAUUUUGAGAGGGAAUUUGCACGUAUAUUAACACCAGACGAGGAUCGAAGAAAUUUUACAAAAAUGUACAAUUUACACCACCUCUCAGAAAUGCAAAAAAUUUUUAAUUUAAUGAAUUGGACAAAAUAUUUUGAUUGGUUAGUCCCUUCAGAGAUGCACGAAUAUUUAAAAUCUGACCCAGAAAUAAUUUUGGCUGAACCAGAAUAUUUUGAUAGAUUAACUAAAUUAUUAAAUUCAACGCCUGAUGAGGUGAAGGCAAAUUAUAUUAAUUGGAGAUAUGUUUCGGCUUGGUCUUUCCAAUUAAGUGAAAGUUAUGAUGAUAUUCAGCAGCACUUUCUUAAAUCAUUUUUGGGCAAGAAGGCGAAGAGCCCAAGGUGGAAGGAUUGUGCCUCAGCGGCAUCCUCUCGAAUGAGCUAUGCCAGCGGUGCCAUGUAUGUCCGUGCCCAUUUUGACCGUUCUUCCAAAGAGGCCGCCUUAGCAAUGAUAGAGGAUUUGAGGGCCUCGUUUAAAGCAAUGUUGGCAGUAAAUGAUUGGAUGGAUCCGGGGACUAAAGAAUAUGCCUUGAUUAAAGCAGAACAAAUGCUUAGUUUAAUAGGCUAUCCAGACUUUCUCUAUAACGACACACAACUGGACGAUUAUUAUAAAAAUUUUGAUUUACAUCCUAAUGAUCAUUAUGCUUUACAAGUAGAAAAGGCAAGCAUUUGGUCACAACGCAAAGCCUUCCGUCGCCUAAUCGAGCCAGUCGAUAGAGAAGAAUUUGGGACGAGCAGCGCUGUUGUUAAUGCUUUCUAUUCGGGUGUUAAAAAUGCUAUAACAUUCCCAGCAGCCAUACUUCAAUCACCCUUUUUUGAUCGAGAUUUCCCCAAAGCUACAAAUUAUGGGUGUAUUGGGGCGGUUAUAGGGCAUGAAAUUACUCAUGGAUUUGAUGACCAGGGAGCUCAGUUUGAUGGCCGUGGAAAUUUAAAGGAUUGGUGGGACCCGCUAACCCAGAAACGUUUUGUGGAGAGAAAAAAAUGUAUAAUUGACCAAUAUUCGGCCUUUUCUGUCCCCCAAACUGGACUUAAAGUUAAUGGAAUACUUACACAAGGAGAAAAUAUUGCUGAUAAUGGAGGGAUUAAACAAGCUUAUGCAGCCUAUCAGGCUUAUUUACGCAAGCAUGGUCAAGAAAAACGCCUCCCAGGGUUGGAAAAAUACAAUAAUGAACAACUCUUUUUUAUUUCAUAUGCGCAAACUUGGUGUGGUCAUACAAAACCGGAAACUUUAAUCCGACAACUUCUGACUGACCCCCACUCUCCCUAUCGUUACCGAGUUAACGGCGUAGUUGUAAAUCAACCAGAAUUUACAAAUGCAUUUAAAUGUCAAGAGGGUGCAGCAAUGCGUUAUUCUGAAGAAAGGAGAUGUUCUGUUUGGUAA